AUGACGACUUCGCUGGUCCUGCAUCCACGCUGGGCGGACACCUUGAUGUACGUGUACGAAAAAAGCCCGAAUGAAAGUAGCCCGAAUAAAAGCCAGACCAUGGAGGGAUUGAGCGGGAAUUGCCCUGCCAGCCACUGCAGGGACCUCAUCUCGCACCCCGCGCUGGGGCGACAUUCGGGCACCAUCGCGACCCACCAGGGCUCCGUCUAUUCGGAUAUAUCAUCCCCUGACGCGGGGCGACAGUGUCCCGCGCCCCAGACUUCGUCCAGCGCCUCUCUCGGCUACGGAUACCCGUUUGGAAACCCUUACUACGGCUGCAGACUCUCGCACUCGCACAACGUCAACCUGCAGCAGAAGCCGUGCUCGUACCACCCGGCGGAAAAGUACGCCGAGCCCAGCGGCGCCUUGCCCACCGAGGAGCUCUCCAGCAGAGCCAAGGAGUUCGCUUUCUACCCCAGCUUCGCCGGCUCGUACCAAGCGGUCCCCGGCUAUCUGGACGUGUCCGUGGUGCCCAGCAUAAGCGCACAUCCCGAGCCGCGGCAUGACGCGCUGAUUCCCAUGGAGGGUUACCAGCACUGGGCUCUCUCGAACGGCUGGGACGGGCAGGUGUACUGCUCAAAGGAACAAACGCAGUCGUCUCAUCUCUGGAAAUCUCCUUUUCCAGACGUCGUCCCGUUGCAGCCUGAGGUCAGCAGUUAUCGGCGAGGACGCAAAAAGCGGGUUCCCUACACCAAGAUCCAGCUGAAGGAGCUGGAGAAGGAGUACGCGGCCAGCAAGUUCAUCACCAAAGACAAAAGACGACGCAUCUCGGCCACGACCAACCUGUCAGAGCGGCAGGUCACGAUCUGGUUCCAGAAUCGCAGGGUGAAGGAGAAGAAACUUGUCAGCAAAUCCAAGUCGAGCAACCACAUGCACACUUAA